AUACUUUCUGAUUCAAUCUGGGAUUGGAGCAGCGUCAGGUGUCUUUGUUUUCGUUAUUGCUUUGUUGUUAGCUGUGAUUUAAAUUAACAAUUUCGGAGAAUUACAGCAUUUACACACAAUAAACAACCAUGUCGGGCUGUGAUACACAGAAAGCAGAGACUUCAAAAGAUAAUAUAUCUACUAAUUCCAUUGAUGAAGGUCUACCUCGGGAGUUAAGUCAGUUAAGUCUUUCAAGUGCUUCCAGCCAAGAUGAAUUCUUUUGUGACAAAGGACAUUCGGAGGCAGCUUUAAAAAGUAUAUACGGUUAUUAUCAGUCUCAACAACUAUGCGAUGUGGCACUUAUUGCAGGCGGAUGCAGGAUCCCAGCGCACAAAGUACUAUUAGCGUCAUGCAGUGAAUACUUUGCAGCUAUGUUUACUGGCUCCCUGAGAGAGGCCCAGCUGACUGAGAUAACACUUGAGCGUGUUGACUCACAGGCACUACAAGCUCUUGUACACUACUGCUACACAGGCACUAUUGAAUUAAGAGAAGAAACAGUGGAGAUAUUGUUGUCAACAGCAAGCCUUUUGCAAUUGCAUUCAGUGACAAAUGCAUGCUGUGCAUUCCUUAAAAAACAAUUGGACCCUUGUAACUGUUUGGGUAUAGCUUUAUUUGCAGAACAACAAUCAUGUUUGGAUUUGCACAAAAGUGCUUUGAAAUAUACAUACCAACAUUUCAUGCAGGUUGUAAAACAUCAAGAAUUUUUGGGAUUACAAGCAGAUCAGUUGGCAAGCUUACUGAAGUCAGAUGAUCUUAAUGUUGUCACUGAAGAGAAUGUGUUUGAAAGCCUCAUGGCUUGGGUGCAACAUGACAGUGCAACUAGGGAAGAACACUUGCCAACAUUGCUAAAGCUCAUCAAACUACCAUUAUUAUCUUCUGAGUAUUUGAUUGAUAAAGUAGAACAAGCUUGCGGUAAUGUACCUGAAUGUCAACCAUUGAUAAUGGAAGCAGUUAAAUGGCAUCUCUUACCUGAAAGACGUUCCUUGCUGUUCUCACAUAGGACAAGACCGAGGACAUCAACCAUUGGACGGCUCCUGGCCAUAGGAGGAAUGGACGGAUAUAAGGGGGCUAGUAACAUGGAGAUGUAUGAUCCACGAACAAACACUUGGACUCCUUUUAUGAGAAUGGGUGCACGGAGACUGCAGUUUGGAGUAGCUGUGAUGCAGAAUAAACUUAUUGUUGUUGGUGGCAGAGAUGGACUUAAAACUUUGAAUACGGUGGAAUGUUUUGAUCUGACGUCACUCAGCUGGAGCACAUUGGCGCCCAUGAACACGCACCGACACGGGCUUGGUGUGGCGGUACUGGGUGAUGGUCCAAACUCCCCGGUGUAUGCAGUGGGGGGUCAUGAUGGAUGGAUCUAUUUGAACUCUGUAGAACGUUGGGACGCCUGCUCGCGCACGUGGACGAUAGUGGCGCCGAUGACGGGGGCGCGCAGCACGUGCGGCGUGGCGGCGCUGCGCGGCAAGCUGUACGCCGUGGGGGGGCGCGACGGCGGCGCGUGCCUGCGCUCCGUCGAGUGCUACGACCCCGCCACCAACCACUGGACCAACUGCGCGCCGAUGACUCGACGCCGCGGCGGCGUUAGUGUAUGUGCGGCAGGCAGCUACCUGUAUGCUCUAGGUGGACACGAGGCGCCCGCAAACACAGUGGGCGGGAGGCUCGCGUGUGUCGAGCGAUACGACCCCGUCGCCGACACGUGGGUGUUACUGGCGCGCCUGUCCUACGGCAGGGACGCCAUAGGAUCCUGUUUGCUGGGCGACCGGAUUGUUGCCGUUGGUGGUUACGACGGGGUGCAGUACCUGUGCGUGGUGGAGGUGUACGACUCGGGGUCGAACUGCUGGCGCAAGCUGGCGCCGCUGAGCACGGGGCGCGCGGGCGCGGCGGUGGUGGCCGUGCCGCCGCCGCGCAACCUCUUCUGAUACACUCACCACCAGCUGCUCACAUACGUCUUCAGCUCCCUCGACACCACCGGGGCUCAACUUCAACAACACAAUGUGUGGGAACACUUUGCUUGUGACGAUUUAUAAGUGACCAUCGAGGACGCGUACUUAAUAAUAUUAAGCAACAUAGUUCCAAACCGUACACCUAUUGAUACGAUUCACUUUCUUCGUAAACGUACUUUGAUGGUUUAUUUCUACGUAGUUACCCAGUGUCGACUACGAUGUUCCAGUGUCAAUAGAAGUAGAAGAUUAAUAUCGUAAACCGUGCAUCAUUUACUAGUUAUAAUCUUUAUAUUUUUUAAACAUGUAUUCCACUAAUCUGUAUCUAUAUGUUUUUAUAUACAAUUUAGUACUUAACGGUUAUUAUUUUCCAUUUUUUAAAAUAAUUGUGAAUGUAGUUAGUCAUUGCAAUAUACGUACUGUAUUUUGAAUCAAUUUAGUAAUUGCAAUGGAAGUAAACAUACCAGUGGCAAAGAGUUGCUAUAACUAACACAAUGCCUCCAGCUUUAUAUCUUUGGAAAUUUAUUAAAUAGUAAAUAAUAUAAUUUGCUAUUGUAUCCUAUAAAUUAUGUACUUAAUUAAAUAUCAAUUGUGUAUUUUAUUACACGUAGGAAAAUAAAGUAAGCAAUUUAGAAAAUAAUUUUCUUAAUUGACGUUGUUGAUGCCAAAUUGCAUUAAUCCUCUCUUAUAGUUUUUGAUGUUGACUACAAACCUGACAUUAUCUAGAUUCCAGAAGCUCGUCACGUUGGUUAUGGCGACAACCAACCGAUGUAUUUUUUACUGUUAUCGGGAAUAAAGAAAUUAUUCACAAACAAUUUUGUUUUAGAGCACGUUUCACUUCAACAUUUUAAAUUCAUUUAAAUGUCAAUGCUAAAAUACAAUAUAUGUGAACUUUUAACAUAAUGUCCGUGUUUGUUCAUUUAUAGAUUUAGAUAAUACAAUUUCAAUACUUGUGGAAACUUUGAAAUGGUUUUUCCAGUAGGAAUUUUCAGUAUCUGCUAAUGACGGACAACGCUGCCGAUAACUCAUUGUGUAUGUCACAAGUGGGACGUCACAAUUAUUUCUUUGUAAUCCUUUACACGUGUAACAUACAUCGGCUUCUUGAAGUCAUCAUUAUCAGUAAGACAGCCGUAAGGCUGUUCGGCGUAAACGGCAUCCAAAAGAAACACCCGACACUUGAAGGGUGCAUUUAUAAAAUAAAUACGUUUUAUAUAAGAACUAAAAAUAUUUUUAUAUCAAAAUGAAACACCUUCGACCAGAUUGGUCCUUUUAGCGAUAAAUAAUUUCAUUCGGUUAUUGAUCUCAAUAUGUAUAAAAAGUAUGUAAUGAUAUGAUUAGUUUUAGAUUUUUUAUCAAGGACUCUGCUAGUAUUGGUGUCCAGUAUAUUCUAGUAAUUUUGUAUUAGAUGUGCUAGAACUUAUUCGGUGUAAUUACCUGUAAGUUUGUGUCUGAAUUUGUAAUAUGUAUCCGUGUAGUAGACAAACUGUAAUCCAUUAAAUAUGUUUCAAUUGUUUUUGUUUAUAUAACACGGCACUAUUUUUGAUGUUAUAUGGCGUUUAUAAUCUAGGUGAAUACAACCAUUUAUAAUUAUUUGUAUUUUGACUACCACAUUUUCAUUUACCAUCCGCCUAUAAUGAGAUUUAUUAGAAAAAAAAUAAAAACGAUGUUAAAACUAUCUUGACGUGAUAUUUUUUAGUUUAAACUUAUAACAGUCAAGGCUUAUAUGUUAGGUAAUUAUAUUAUAAUUCAGCUACUUAAUAAUCAGUAUUAUAUAACUAAUACGUGCAUAAUAUAUUACUUUCAUGUACUGUAUUUUGUGUUAGCGAAGUUUAGGGGACCAUCCUGUGAUGUUAGUGUUAGAAUAACACUAAGAGAUACUAUGGAUAAGUAUGGAUCAUAUAUAUUAAAUCAACAGUGAAGGAAUUAAAUAAUUUAGUUAUUA